AUGCCUGAGUCUCCUCUCAGUCCCACGGCAGCCCGUCAAACUCCAGCAGCCAGCAGCCUGCUCAGUCACACAGACAACAGUGCGGCAGAGAGAGUUGCUAAUGGGGACUCCUGCCGUGGAGUGAGUGGUGAAAACUGGCAGAGUCUCCACCAUAAACAGGUGUGUCUGGCGAUGAUGGCUCCUCAGCAGCUUCAGCAGCUGCUCUCUCCAAACCAGCUGCAGGCUCUGAUCCACCACAAGCAACAAGCUCUUCUGCUCCAGCAGCAACAUCUGAAAGAGUUUUACAAGACUCAACAACAAAAGAUUCACCUGCAGCUGCUUCAACAGCGACCCAGCAAGAAGGUCAAGGAGCUCCCUGCACAGCAGCUCGUGUUCCAGCAGCUCCUCCAGCUCCAGCAGCAGCAGCAGCAGCAGCAGCAACUCUUCCGGGUGCAGAGACCAGUCCUGUCCUCUUCUACCCUCCCUCCAGUGGGUUUCAGCCCAGCGGAGCUGCAGCAGAUAUGGAAGGAGCUGACAAAUGGAUUAACUGACGAUAAAACCGCGAUUAAAGGCAAUCAUGACUCUUCCACUGACGACAUCAGGUCAACACAGGUCAGGGGGAGACAGGCCGAUGACCAGCCGCCUCUCUCUCCUCACAGGACCGAACGUGCUGAUCGUGCUGCCUCACAUGUUCUCUACAGUCAUGGUGUGUGUAACUGGCCCGGAUGUGAGACAGCGUGUGAGGACUUGAACCAGUUUAUCAGGCACAUAAGCAUUGAACACACUCUGGAUGACAGAAGCACGGCGCAGUGCAGAGUCCAGAUGCAGGUGGUUCAGCAGCUGGAGCUUCAGCUCUGCAAAGAGCGGCAGCGUCUGCGGGCGAUGACGGCUCACCUGCAUCUGCCAUCUCUAGAAGCUCAGUCGCUCUCGGCACCCGCGAGUCAACAGUUGCCUGAUAUGACUGAUAUGGCUGCUGACCCACGAGCUCCACAGAGCUGUGAGCACAACAGCAAAUAUGUGGUGGAGAGUCGAACCGCCAUGUGUCUGCCUGCAAACUUAUCUUCUCUGGAUGAGGAUGCAGCCGGCCUGUAUUUGACCUGGGAAACUUUUACACUCAGUUCCGUCACCAGCGACCUGUCCCCACUGAACUCAUCAGACGGGGUACAACUGGGUCCAUCCCAGGGGUGUGAGGAAGAGUCGCCCACUCGUACAGAAUGUGCCGGGGCCAUAAGACGUCGUCAGCACCCUCUGGUCUACUCGCUGUCCUCAGAAAAUGAGUAUGAGCUUUACAAGAACAGUGACAUCAGACCACCGUUCACCUACGCAACACUGAUAAGACAGGCGAUUAUGGAGGCAUCAGACAUGCAGCUGACGCUCAAUGAGAUCUACAACUGGUUCACACGGACGUUCGCUUAUUUCAGACGCAACGCUGCCACUUGGAAGAACGCUGUGCGCCACAACCUGAGUCUGCACAAGUGCUUUGUGCGGGUGGAGAAUGUGAAAGGUGCCGUGUGGACGGUGGAUGAGCUGGAAUUCCAGAAGAGGAGAUCCCAGAAGAUCACAGGGAGUCCAUCACUUAUUAAAAAUGUGUCUUCGAACCUUGCUUUCGGGGCAGCUCUGACCGCCAGUUUGCAGACAGCGCUGGCUGACACAUCACUGCCAGGAUUCACGAAGGAAAGUGCGAGCAGGAACUGCAGGAGUCAAACACAGGAGAGCAAAGCAGCAAAGAGCGACGGCCACAGUCACCGAAACAUCCUCGCACGUGUCCAGCAGUCUCCUUCCCUUAAAGAGGAAACAAUGACUCUGAAUGAACCAGAACGUCAGAUGGCGACUGUGAAAGCAGCCGCUCUGCAGCAUCGCAUGACUGAAAAUGACCAGGAGCACUUGUUCGACCUCGAAUGACCCUUGACAGUGGAGAUCUUUUAAUUAUAAAGCAGUAAAUUCAUUGAGCAUUCAGAGAUGUGGGCCAAACAGUUCCCAGUAUGUACAGAACAAUUGUGAUUUCAUUUAAUGAACAUCUCACCGUGCUGUCAGCUAAUCACCAAAACUGGAAUUUAAAUCUGAUCAAGUCCAUAAAAGUCCUGUUUUUCAGCAGUUUCUCACAAAAGUAGU